GUAGUUCCUACAUCGUCUUACACAAGAAAAAAAAAUGGCUUCCGAUGAAAUCAAGAAUCCUGCACUGGACCCAGAUACGGAUUCUCCGGGAAAACCAGGUCACGAAUUGGCCGAAUUCGGAGCUGGAUGCUUCUGGGGUGUGGAGCUAGCCUUCCAACGCGUCGAGGGAGUCGUGAAAACAGAAGUCGGCUACUCUCAAGGUCACGUCCAUAACCCUAAUUACCGAUUGGUCUGCACCGGAACCACCAAUCACACCGAAGUUGUCCGGGUUGAAUUCGACCCGUCUGUUUGUCCAUACACCAACCUGCUCUCCCUCUUUUGGUCCCGCCAUGAUCCUACCACCCUCAAUCGUCAGGGUGGUGAUGCAGGUACCCAAUAUCGAUCAGGGAUAUACUACUACAGUGAAGAACAGGCUCGUUUAGCAAGAGAAUCGUUGGAUGAAAAGCAAAAGUCUUUGAAAAAUAAAAUUGUGACAGAAAUUCUUCCGGCCAAAACUUUCUACAGAGCGGAGGAGUACCACCAGCAGUACCUCGAAAAGGGUGAACUUUCAGGUUCUAAACAGAGUGCUAGAAAGGGAUGCAACGACCCCAUCAGGUGCUACGGAUGACAAAGUAUGUUUUUACAGAAACUCAAACUAAUAAAAAAGAUAUAUGUUGUUCGUCUUUAUUUGCUUUCAAAUGUACAAUCGUGUCUCUUUGUUCAAUAAUUGUUAAACAUCUAUGCUUAUGCUAUUGAAAUUGUGGAUUUUGGAAUAUAAA